CCAUCAUUAUAUUUUAGGAGUUUGGGAAGAAGCGGGAAAGUGGCGAGUCAGGGUCGCCACAUCACGGGUCAUUUGCCGUGGGCAAGUAACUUAAAACCUGAAACCUUCCUUUCCAACCGAUCAACAGACACCCUCGAGCUAGCUAAUAAUGCUAGCUAAUAUCCCGUUCGUGAAAGAGAAACUGGUCUCUCCUUCCAUGCCCUUUGGUUUGCCGUUGCCAAGGAGGUGCUUCAAUUUUCGGGGAAGCGCAGUGCGGAGUGACAAAAUCAUUGCGUCUCACCGCCAUGGUCUUGGGCAAAUGGAAUUCGAGCAAGCUAGGCCAUGUCACACGCCAGGUGGGCCUGGUUUUACCAGAUUUGGUGGAUGAGGGCCAAUCGUGGGAAGUGCACACACCGGAAGUGGCCAAAGUGCUUGGUUGCAAAAUUGUGUUUGUCCGACACGUCUUCCAGGUCAUGGAGUCGCUCAUUCUAAUGACCAAAAUUGGACCACAAACUUACCAAUGGAACGGAUAUGCCAAGUUCCUGCCUACUCUGUCGGCUUUGGGAUGGGAGAUGAAGUUUUUGGAUUACCCUCAGCGCUUGUUCACAAUCCAAGAGAACGAGCGCGAACGAGUAGUUGAGCAAAGCAUGAAACGAGACACCAGAUUGUCCCGUCCCAGACGACAUGGAGCGACUAAAAUCCAGCCCAACGAUGACCACCACGACCAGGGCGACCACUCGCUUGUUUCCAAUGAACGAUCCUGGCUCACGGAGGGAACACAUGAGUUUUGGACCAUUUACACCCUCUCCCAAACCUUUAUAGCCAUUUGCUUGCAUCAAAAGGAUCGCCUGAUCAAUCUUGAUAUGGUUAGUCAAGUCUUGUCUCAAGGGUUAAGCCCAGCCAAGGGCCGGAUUAUUGAUCGCCAUAUUCGUAACAUCUGCCACGUGAUGACCUCGCUGAAAUACCCCCUGCUUCAAAGGGUUUCUAUUGGGCAAUUCUCGGGCAAAGCCUUUCAAAAUGUCGUUCGCUACGUUGGUCCCACCAUUAACGAAACCGUGCUCACGCCGGAGAUAGUGGCCAAACUGCCCGUAUCCGUUUGUCAAGCCUCGCCCCUCUUAAGUUCAAUUCGAUUGAGAUUGAAUUUAGGGCCCGAGCCCACUCAGGUCGACUACACGGGGUUAACUAUUCUACGGGUGAGGCUCAAUCAAACCAUGGGGCAACCUGAAGUCCUUAAGAGCGAAUUGAACCAAAGGGAAAUGAUGGGCAGUCAAUGCCCGAUCAACCAUGUCUUCAGCAUGAAUCAGACAGAAGCACACGUCCAGGUCAGCUCAAUGACAAUGGACACGUCCCCAGCCUCAUAACGGCUCGACCCACCGGAAAGCCUUUAAGAAUUGGCUCGUUUAUCGACUGGACAGAGGAAGAACGGAGAUGGUCAGGAUUUAUUUAGGAUGCCUGAGCCGAGCUCGGGACUCGGGAAUUUUUUUGUAAUAAAAUUAUCAAUGUU